AUGGAACACGACGGUGAAGUCCGCGAGACGCAAAUCGACAACGCCAUCCGUGCGAUUCAAGAUAAGAAGCCUCUGCCCGAGAUCGACUUUACGAUCCACACAUCCGAAGACGGACAGCAGAUCAACACGCAGGAGCGUGUAUGCAAAGAUGUGCAGGCGCCGGCAACCUCGACUCCCACGGACGAGCAGUUCUUUGAGGACGAAACUCACACGAAGCCCAACAUCAAGUUUUUGAAGCAACACUUUUAUCGCGAAGGCCGCUUGACAGAAGAACAGGCGCUAUGGAUCAUCAGGAAGGGCGCCGAGGUGCUCAGGGCGGAACCCAACCUUUUGGAAAUGGAUGCGCCCAUAACCGUCUGUGGCGACGUGCACGGCCAGUACUAUGACUUGAUGAAGCUGUUCGAAGUCGGCGGUGACCCUGCGGAAACCCGAUACCUCUUCUUAGGCGAUUAUGUCGACCGCGGAUACUUCAGUAUAGAGUGCGUACUCUACCUCUGGUCACUCAAGAUCCACUAUCCCAACAGCCUGUGGCUGCUUCGGGGAAACCACGAGUGUCGCCACUUGACGGAUUACUUCACUUUCAAGCUCGAAUGCAAACACAAGUACUCGGAGGCCAUUUACGAAGCCUGCGUCGAGGCGUUCUGCUGUCUGCCUCUGGCUGCUGUCAUGAACAAGCAGUUCUUGUGCAUCCACGGCGGCCUGAGCCCUGAGCUACACACCCUGGACGAUAUACGCAACAUUGAUCGGUUCCGCGAGCCCCCAACUCAGGGUCUGAUGUGCGACAUGCUUUGGGCUGACCCUCUCGAAGACUUUGGUCAGGAGAAGUCAAGCGAAUAUUUCCUCCACAACCAUGUUCGAGGAUGCUCGUAUUUCUUUUCCUACCCAGCAGCUUGCGCUUUCUUGGAAAAGAACAACCUGCUAUCAGUGAUCCGCGCCCACGAGGCUCAAGAUGCUGGAUACCGCAUGUACCGUAAGACUCGCACCACGGGGUUCCCCAGUGUGAUGACUAUCUUCUCUGCACCCAACUACCUGGACGUCUACAACAAUAAGGCGGCUGUGCUCAAAUACGAGAACAACGUUAUGAACAUCCGCCAAUUCAACUGCACGCCCCACCCGUACUGGUUGCCCAACUUCAUGGACGUGUUCACCUGGUCACUACCUUUCGUAGGUGAGAAGAUCACCGACAUGCUCAUUGCAAUCUUGAGCACGUGCUCAGAGGAGGAGCUCAAGGACGAAACCCCAUCGGCUGCUUCGCCCGCGACCAUCGCUACGCCAACCUCACAGGACCCAGAGGAUCCCAACUCCAUCGAAUUCAAGCGAAAGGCCAUCAAGAACAAGGUUUUGGCUAUUGGUCGCAUGUCACGUGUGUUCCAGGUGCUGCGUGAAGAGUCGGAGAGGGUUACCGAGCUCAAGACCGUCUCUGGCGGCCGCUUGCCAGCGGGUACUCUUAUGCUGGGCGGCGAGGGCAUCAAGGACGCCAUUCGGACUUUUGAGGAUGCCAGAAAGGUCGAUCUGCAGAACGAGCGCUUGCCCCCGUCUCACGAGGAGGUUGCGCAGCAUCAGUCUGAGGAACGCGCACAGGCUCUGCAGAGGGCAUCGGAGGAUGCGGAGAACGAUACAAAGUUGCAGCAAUUGUCGCGGCGGCUGAGCACGUGA